AUGAAGCUCUCCAUUGUGAUUGCUGGUCUUCUUGGAGUCUUCCUAACUCCAUCUCUUGCUACUGAUAAUGUGAACGAAAACAAUCAGGGAAACGACGGUGGAAAUUCACACCAGACUGUGAACAUCAACAACGAUAAGCACGUGGCCAACAUUGACACAAACAAUGGCUGGAACUCAUGGAAUUCUGUUUGGGACUACGGCAAUGGCUUCAUGGCAACCAGGGUAUUUUCCAAGAAAUCUUGCAUCAUUGCUAAAAUGAACAAAAAUGCCAUGCCUGAUAUUGCAGUCAUUCCCAAACUGAUUAGAGAAAGGAAGAAGACCGGAGCUCCUCCUCCGAAGGAACUGAGAUUCAUUGUCUCAAAGACCAGAGUCCCUGAUCUGACCCCUUAUGGAAAGAACAUUGAAGCUUUAUGCAGAGGACUUCCUACCUACGUGGCUCAUGAGGCUGAGAGAGUGAAAGGAGCAAACUACUUCUCUCUAACCUGUGUUGAUGCUAGCAUCCUGUGGGUUAUUAAUAUUGGCUACUGUGACAUGUCAUUCAAGUAG